UGUCCUUCUCGCUACUAUCGUAGUUUGGUUAUCGCAGUAGCCUACCCGUGGCAGAGGAGAGUGAGGAUUUGUCCUUCUCGCUGCUAUCGUAGUUUGGUUAUCGCAGUAGCCUACCAGUGGCAGAGGAGAGUGAGGAUUUGUGCUCCCCUAGACAGGUUUCCAGACACCAGCGAAACUGGACGCGGAACUGGACGGAAGGUGUAACUCCGAGAUCCCAAUAAUAAUUUGUGGACUAAACGCAAUGGAGCCAGCCUUCGGAGAGGUGAACCAGCUCGGCGGUGUUUUCGUCAACGGCAGACCGCUACCCAACGCCAUCCGGCUGCGGAUUGUAGAGCUCGCUCAGCUGGGCAUCAGACCUUGCGACAUCAGCAGACAGCUCCGGGUCUCCCACGGCUGCGUCAGCAAGAUACUGUCCCGAUACAACGAGACCGGCUCUAUACUCCCGGGAGCGAUCGGGGGCAGCAAGCCACGGGUCACCACGCCGUCAGUGGUCAAGCACAUACGGACAUACAAGCAGAGGGACCCGGGUAUUUUCGCAUGGGAGAUCCGGGACAGGCUACUGGCUGAUGGCGUUUGUGACAAAUUUAAUCUACCAUCUGUGAGCUCCAUCAGUCGGAUCCUCCGCAACAAGAUUGGCAAUCUAUCCCAGCAGAGCCAGUAUGAGUCCAGCAAGCAGUCGUCUCACCAACCACCUCAACCAACGCUCCCAUACAACCACAUAUACUCGUAUCCGACCCCCAUCGGAGCCUCUGGGACCAAAGUACCGACUCCCCCGGGCAUGCACUCCCUCCCUGGACACAUGGCUAUGCACAGGAUAUGGCCCUCAUCGCACUCGGUAACAGAUAUUCUGGGGAUUCGGUCGAUAACAGAGCAACAAAUACAGUACAUUCUAGCUCAACCCUAAGUCUCACCAUAACUCUCACUUCUCCCUCUCUCUCUCAUUUUCCUCAUCUCUCUCCAGUCCCCUUUCCUCAAUGACCACCUACAACACAUUUCCCUAAUGCCUCUUCUCCUCCCCUUCUGUCUCUCUCCUCUCUCUCCCUACCUCUGUGUAACCUGCUCUCUCUGUCUCUACCUCUCUCUACCUCACUCUACCUCUGUCUAAGCUGGUCUCUCUCUCUACCUCACUCUACCUCUGUCUA